UGAUUAAGAAACCAAGUGUUAGGUGACCGAAACCCCCAUCUCCAUCCCGGCCCUCCGCCAACUGCUUUAAAUCAGCUGGUACAACACACACCUUCUGCAUAAACACUUUGUCCACCAUUUUCCUAACACCGAGUGAAGAUCGAUCGGAUGGAAGCCUUUGCUAUGGGGUUCGCGGAGGGCGUCACUACGUCCCUCUUAGGGAAGCUAGGAAACAUCCUGGCAGAAGAAGCAGGAUUGCUUGCAGGCGUCGAAGAUGACAUACAGUACAUAAUGGAAGAGCUCAAGAGCAUGGACUCCUUCCUGGCCGUCCUGUCUUCCUCGCUGGAUCAUAACAAGCAAGUGAAAACAUGGAUGGAGCAAGUUAGGGAUUUGGCUUACGAUGCUGAGGAUUGCGUUGACGUGUUCCGACAUCGUCUCCGGAGGCCUCGCCACCAGCAUCCACUGGCAGGCGUGCUCCUCCAUACUGUUCGCCUGCUGAGGACACUCAAAGCACGUCACUCUAUCGCAACUGACCUGCGCAAGCUAAAGCUCCGCGCUCGCGAUGUGAGCGAGAGGCGUGCACGCUACGCUCUCGGAAUUGGCCCUUCUCCGGGAGGCGCAAGAAGUUUCAGCUCAAGUACUGCCUCCAGCUCUUCUGGCCUUCUUCGACGUUGUGCUUCUUUUGUGAAGGAAGUUGGACCCAUGGGCAUGGAUCAUUACAAGCGUGAGAUUGUUGGGCGGCUAAUGGAGGAGAACGAUCCCCAACUCAAGGUAAUUUCUAUCGUCGGCAUUGGUGGAUUGGGCAAGACGACUCUGGCAAAGAUGGUAUAUCAAAGCUCGGCCGUCACCGGCGGCUACUUCCAAGCCCGCGCAUGGAUUGAGAUGCCACGAUGUUUCAAGAUCGAGCCACUUCUCCGAAACAUGAUUCGACAAUUCUCCUCCAGGGGUCAGCAGAUCCUAGAUAUCUUGGGGGUUGAUCCCAUGAAUCCGGGAGCGAAAAUGGAGCGAGUUAUGGAGCAACAUCUGGACAAGAUGGGAGAGACGCAACUGGUGACGGCGAUGGUGGAUUAUCUCAAGGACAAGAGGUAUGUGAUUGUUCUUGAUGACAUGUGGACUGUCCAUGCAUGGGAUCAUAUCAAGUCUGCAUUACCUUCCAGUACUAAUGGUAGUUGGAUCAUCGUGACAACCCGCAAUGAGGCGGUGCCAAAUGCCUGUGGCUCUUCUUCCCAUUGUUUCAUCUAUAACAUCUCACCCCUCACGCCUAAGCUGUCAAACAAGCUGUUCUGCGAAAGAGCAUUUCCUGGCCCCAUCGCUACUUGUCCUCGAGGUAUGGAAAAUCUUACGGUAGAUAUGGUGAAAAAAUGUAGUGGAAUUCCAUUGUCCAUUGUCACUGUAGCUGGUCUUAUAGCUGCUAAGCCUGAUAUGACGCCGGUGGACUGGCAAAACUUGCAAAACCAUCUUCCUUUCCGUUUGAAGACCAAUAUCAUUCCGGAGAAAAUAAAACGUAUACUGCUUCUAUGUUACAUCGAUUUGCCUCAUCAUCUCAGGCCCUGCUUCUUGUACCUCACUGUUUUUCCCAAAGAUUAUGACGUUGAACGGAAGCGUUUGGUGAGAAGAUGGGUGGCUGAAGGUCUCGUGAGUGGAAGCCGUGGCAUGUCCGCCGAGGAGGCUGCGGAGGGCUACUUUAUCGAGUUGAUCAGCCGCAGGUUAAUCCAGCCAUCAAAGAUCACCGGUGACGGGAAGGUGAAAACUUGUCGAGUCCAUGACAUCAUGCUGGAGGUAAUCGACUCCAUAACUUCCGAGGAGAACUUCGUUACGGUCCUUCACGAGCAUUCCACGCCGAUGCUACAUGGUAAGAUUAGGCGGUUGUCACUCCAUGGCAUGAUCACCCAAAUACAUGGUGUCCGCGUAUCCCACGUCCGGUCGCUCACCGUGUUUGGUGACGGCAUACCAUUCCACAACUAUGGAAGGAUGAGACUACUGAGGGUGUUGGACUUGCAAGGAUGCAAGGGUCUCCGUCACAAUCACCUCAAGAACAUCUCCCAGUUGUUUCUUUUGAGCUUCCUAUCUCUGAGAAACUCUUCUGUAGAGAAGCUUCCAGAUUCGAUCGGAGACCUGCCGAACCUGCAGACUCUGGACAUCAGAGGAACAGGCAUCAAGAAGUUCCCCGGUGCGGCUGUCAAACUCAAGAAGUUGGCCUAUCUUCUCGCGGGCACCAAAUUCCAUUUUGAAGCUAACAGAGUCGAGUUUUCCGGCAGUUGGUCCUAUGAGAGUUUGAGGAUGCCGACAGGAGUAGGGAAGAUGAAAGGGCUGCGAAAGUUGGGACUAAUAACUGUUACCAACUCGAUUGUGCUGCGGCAGAUAGGCAAGCUAACCCAGCUUCAGAAGCUAAGCAUCGAUGUUACCGUAAGAUACGUACGAAGGGUCGUACAUAUCGGUCCUGAAUACACCCGACGAAAGGAGCACUUCGUCGACUUGCUUUCGAAGCUCGACAGUUGCCUUCGUUCCUUAACCAUUCUUGACAAUGGCAAUGGCCUGGGUCAGAUUCUAAACAACCUACAUAGACCGCCCUUGCUCCUCCAUGACAUACAGCUCGUGGGCUUUCUCCAAACUUUGCCGGUUUGGGUCGCAUCGCUAAACAGGAUUGUCAAGAUAACACUACGGUUCACGUUCCUAAUGCGAGAUGCUGUACGAGUCUUGAAAAAUCUCCCCGCACUUGCCCAACUAGUACUUGGAUAUAAUUCACUCGAUGAAUGCGACGAACAACUAGUCUUCGACCAUAAUGGAUUUAAAGGCUUGAAGUUAUUGCACAUGGAAUCCGUGGACGUGAGUUUCCGAGAAGGAGCACUGCCAAAUCUCGAGUGGUUGAAAUUAAUCGGCCACUUCGGUGACCAAAGCAUCUCAGGGAUGCAACAUCUCCACAGUCUCAAGGAAGUCUACCUGGAUAUCGGUAAUGAACGACUCCAGGAAAUGAUUAGAACAACGGCUGCAGUACAUCUGAACCGCCCCAAAUUUGUGAUCGCGUAAAAAAAUCUGUGGAGAGGUCUUCUUCUUUUCAAUCUUACCAGCGUUGUAAAUGUUCAUAUCAUUAAAUUUGUCUCUUGCUAAUCUUCCUCAACCCCCACCCUCUUCGACAUUAUUAUGUGAUGCUUAGCAUCUCCCAAGUCUCUAUA